GAGGAAGCCGCAAGAGCCGAGAAAAGGAUGCUGUGGGGCGUUAGGUCGCGACCCCUGCUGGGAGGUGCUGUUUCUCCCUCCUUUCUGGGGCUGGGAGGGGGCGGAUGUGGGCUGCAUCUAAGUCGCUGCCCCCUACGCCCUCCCAACCUCCGUCACAGCUAGUCUCGGCCAGUUUGCGCGGAGACUAGCUGAUCUCCCUUCGGCCGGCCCCGGGGUCUGCGGGAGGGGACUGGAUGUGGAGGGAGACUUAAGGGCGCUGGCGGCCGUCGUUCCGGUUGCUGAGAGUCGGCCCCACAGCUCCAGUUUUUCCAAGUUAAGAAAUAUGGAGAUUUCCACAAGGAUUUGGAGAGGAGCCCCAGUGGUUACUAAAAUUCUGCAUUAAAUCUGUCAGGAAAGACAGAUGGACUACAAGGCAAUUGCCCAAAAAACUGUCCAAGAAGUUUUAGGUUAUACUCAAGAUACAUCAGGCUGGAAAGUGGUUAAAAUUUCAGACACAUUCAUAUGUCAUACCAUUACACAAAGUUUUGCCAUGGGCUCCAUUUCCCCUCGAGACUUUAUCGACUUAGUGUACAUCAAGCGCUAUGAAGGAAAUAUGAACAUUAUCAGUUCUAAAAGUGUGGAUUUUCCAGAAUAUCCUCCAUCUUCAAAUUAUAUCCGUGGUUAUAACCAUCCUUGCGGCUUUGUAUGUUCACCAAUGAAAGAAAACCCAGCAUAUUCCAAACUAGUGAUGUUUGUCCAGACAGAAAUGAGAGGAAAAUUGUCCCCAUCAAUAAUUGAAAAAACCAUGCCUUCCAACUUAGUAAACUUCAUCCUCAAUGCAAAAGAUGGAAUAAAGGCACACAAAACUCCAUCAGGACGUGGAUUUCGUCAUAAUAGUCAUUCAUGAUACCAAAAGAAGAAAUGAGGCCAUUCUGCUAUAAAAUCAUGUGUAGUAGUUAUUGCAGUUUACUUCUAAGUCAACAUGCAUAAAUAAUACUGUUAAACUAUACUAAACAGUAUUCUUGUACACAUUGCUGAAGAUAGUUCAUAAAAAUAAGAACUCGUAGUUGUACAAGAAUAUGGCAUUAAAUACAGUUUUUAAUCUCA